GUCACUCACCGCACCGGCCCUCUCUCCCACGCCAGGCGCACGUGCGCGCACGCCAUGGACGCCACGCGAGUUCGGGUUCCUCUUCCCCCGUCUCUGCCGGCGUGGCUCGCUGUGCUACUGCUCCUCGUUCAGGUGACGCCCGGGGUCGGCGCGGCGGCAGCGGCGGGCGUGGGGUGCGAUUGUGGCGGCGGCGAGGCGGCGGCGAUCAAGGAGGAGGACGCGCGCGGGGCGCUGCGGCUGAAGCUCGUCGCGGUGGCGUCCAUCCUGGCGUCGGGCGCGGCGGGGGUGCUGGUCCCGCUGCUGGGCCGCUCCGCCUCGGCGCUGCGCCCCGACGGGGACGUCUUCUUCGCCGUCAAGGCGUUCGCCGCGGGGGUCAUCCUCGCCACCGGCAUGGUGCACAUCCUGCCCGCGGCCUUCGACGCGCUCGCGCCCCCCUGCGGCGGCGGCGCCAGGGCCGGCGGGUUCCCCUACGCGGGACUCGUCGCCAUGUGCUCUGCCAUGGCCACCAUGAUGGUCGACUCCGCCGCCGCGGGCUACUACCAGCGCGCGCACAUCCGCAAGGCGCGCCCCGUCGACGACGACGCCGUCGACGGAGGCCAGGGCCGCGCGGCGCCCGCGGACGAGGAGGGCGCCGCCGCCGAGCCCGCGGGCCACGUGCACGCGCACACGCACGCCCACGGAGGGCACGGCCACGCCGGUGCCUCGCCUCAGGAUGCCUCCGCCGUCGCCGUGUCCAUCAGGCACAGGGUGAUCUCUCAGGUUCUGGAGCUGGGAAUCCUGGUGCACUCGGUGAUCAUCGGCGUGUCCCUGGGCGCCUCCCUGCGGCCGUCCACCAUCAGGCCCCUCGUCGGAGCCCUCAGCUUCCACCAGUUCUUCGAGGGCAUUGGCCUUGGCGGCUGCAUUGUUCAGGCAGAGUUCAAGGCGAGGGCGGCCGUGGUCAUGGCGGCCUUCUUCUCGCUCACCGCUCCCGCGGGCAUCGCGCUGGGCAUCGCCAUCGCUUCCGGCUACAGCAGGCACGGCGCCACCGCCCUGGUCGUGGAGGGCGUCUUCAACGCGGCCGCCGCAGGGAUCCUGGUGUACAUGUCCCUGGUCGAUCUCCUCGCCGCGGACUUCAGCAACCCGAGGCUGCAGACGAACGCCAAGCUCCAGCUGGCGGCGUACGUCGCCCUGUUCCUCGGCGCGGGGCUCAUGUCGUUGCUCGCCAAAUGGGCGUAGAACAGAACAGAUUCGCUACCCGUCAGUUUUUUUU